GUGUCUUGGAUUCGCCACAGAGACACACAUAUCCUGACGGUGGGGUCCUUCACCUACACGAGCGACGAGAGGUUCUCCGCGCUACAUCGAGAGGGCACAAACGAGUGGACUCUACAGAUUAGACACCCGGCCGUGAGAGACUCCGGCUUAUACGAGUGUCAGGUCUCCACGAAGCCAACACGAGGGUACCUUAUAAGCCUGGCCGUAGUGGUCCCCCAGGCCAGUAUCCUCCACGCCCCGGAGAUCCACACAGACGAAGGCAGCGCUCUCAACCUCACCUGCGUGGUCUCCCCCAGCCCAAAAGCCCCCGAGUACAUCUUCUGGUACCACAGGGGAGAGGUAAUCAACUAUGAGAGUGAAGGAAGCGUGCGGGUCAGCGUGAGGCAGGAGGGUGACAGGUCCAUCUCCACUCUCCUGGUCACACGGGCAACGAUGGACCACUCCGGGGCAUACGAGUGCGCGCCAUCGAACACUCUGCCCGCUAACAUCACCGUGCAUGUGUUUAAAGCCGAGGAGCCCGCAGCGAUGCAUACCAGUCGGGGCUGCAUGGGUCUUCCUGCUGGCUCCCUACUGCCCCUCGCCCUCCUGCUGUCCUCCCUGCUGCUACGAGGGGAGUGGGUCACCUAGACACGCCCAGCAGCCCAAGGUUCGAGCCCCGCUGUUCCCCCGUUUCUGUGAGAGGUAACGCCGCAGCUGCUGUCUCAUCACGGCUCUCAUAAUCCUGCUGGUGCUGUGCGUGUGCUGUGUGUGUGCUGUGUGUGUAUUCCCAGCGCGUGGAGGCAGCGAGGUGAAGUGAAGAUGGUGGCGAUAGUGGUGGUGGUGGUGGUUUGAUUUGCUGUGUUGUGGGGAAUAGUUGUGGUGAAGGUGGUAUUGGUGAUUAUUAUACACUGGUGCCAGCGGUGGGAUAGCCUGGUGCGCCUAGGCUGGUGAAGGCGGCGAUGUGAAGUGAAGUGGCGGUUUGAUUUGCUGUGUUGUGGGGAAUCGUUGUGGUGGUGAAGGUGGUGGUGGUGGUGAUUACAAUACACUGGUGGCAGCGGUGGGAUAGACCCGCGAGCCUCGACUGGUGCAGAAACUGGUGGAAGCGGUGGUGAUUGUGGUGGUGGUGGUGGUUGUAGUGAUUACAAUACACUGGUGCCAGCGGUGGGAUACACUGGUGAGCCUCGACUAGUGAAGAAACUGAUGGAAGCGGUGGUGAUAGUGGUGGUGGUGGUGGUUUCAUAUGCUGUGUUGUAGGUUGUGGUGGUGGUGGUGGUUGUAGUGAUUGCAAUAAACUGGUGCCAGCGGUGGGAUAGACCAGUGAGCCUCGACAGGUGCAGAUAGACAGGUGGAAGCGGUAGUGAUAGACCCGUGAACCUAAAGUGGCCAUAUGACACUGGCUUGAACGGUUAGUGGUGAGGAGGAACUGGAGGGUGAGGUUGGUGGGAGUAUAUUGGUGAAAGCGAUGGUGAUGGAACGGUGAGGCUUAAAUGGUGAGGUCAUAAAGGUGGUGCCGGUGGGACUGAGCGGUCGGGAUAGUGGUUGAGGUAAAGUGGUGGGGAUUUACUGGCGAAACAAGUCGAGGAAUAAUGGAGCGGAUAUGGAGCGGCGUUACAAGGGCGGCAGUGGUCGAGGUGGUGGAGGUGAAAGCGUUAGGGUACAGGUGUGACGCUGCAGGGAGAGAGGACACGAUGGGUAAAAAGGCUUCUAGGGAUGUGUCGCCGGUGAACAUGGAAAGGCAGAGGUGCAGCGGUAGUGGCCGAGGUGGAAUGCAAAUACAGGGUUACAAUGCCAGCAGAAAAGAUAGAGAGAGAGAAAUACACUGGUGCAAGAGGUGGAAUGACUUUGAAGGCCGAGGAGGAAUACACUGGUGCCAGGAGUGGGAUUACAUUGGUGGCAGAGAACAAAUACACUGGUGGAAGGACUUGGAUUCCAUAGGCGGUGGAGGAAGUAAAUUGAUGCAAGCGGUGGAAUUACAUAGGUG